GUGGGUUGACAUUAAAUGUUUUCUAUUGUUAUUCGUAAUAUUUUGCUACAGAUAAGAAGUAGAUUUCAUCGAGCUGUGAUUAUUGGACGAAGGUUUCCAAUAUGCAGAGUACAGAUCAAAGGAUCUAUAAUUGAGGUUUCAAGUUUUGAGACAGUUGCAAAACAUGAUGAAGAAAAAGAAAAAACUUUACCAUCUUUAGUACCAAACAGAUGUGAUGAAAAAGACUUAAUCCGCUGGAGAAAUAGCAGGAAUCGGGACUUCACUAUUAACAGCUUAUUUUUUGACCCUUUUACAAGUAACAUCUAUGAUUACAAUGAUGGAAUGUCAGAUUUGAAAUUGUUAAAGCUACGGACGUUAAUCCCUGCUCAUGUGUCAUUUCAAGAGGACUGUGCAAGAAUUCUCCGGGGCUUAAGAAUUGCAGCUCGUCUAUGCUUGUCAUUUUCAAGGGAUAUAGAGAGGGCAAUGCACGAUCUUUCUGCCUCCAUUGGGGGAUUAGAUAAGUUCAGGUUAAUGUUGGAAAUAAACUACAUGCUGUCAUAUGGAGCUGCUGUGCCUUCCAUCUGCUUGCUCCAGAGAUUUAACCUGCUGAACAUUUUACUUCCAUUUCAGGCAGCGUACAUUGAUCAACAGAGAUCUGCCAAGAAUUCAAUGAUGCUGAUGAAACUAUUCUUCAAUCUGGAUAAGUUGGUUUCUUGUGAUCAUCCUGCUGAUAGCAAUCUAUGGGUUGGAAUGUUGAUGUUUCACCUGGCAUUGGUAAACAACCCUCAAGAUGCUCUUGUCGUCUGGACCUUUGCUUCUGUUCUAUAUCAUGGAAAUUGGAAGGAAGGUGUUGAAUUUGCAAGAGAACAUACUAAAUUGGAUGUUAAAUUCGUUCCUGAAAUCUCAGGAUUUUCAGAAACUAAAUCAGAUGAAGAUCUUGCCAAAGAAGUUGCCCAGUUUGCAUCUUCAGUGCAAAAUUCUGUAUGGGCCUUAACAGAGACUAGCAAUCUACUUGAAUCAAUGUCCAAAUAUCCAUUUUCUCCUUGCUCUGGAUUGGUGUUUAUACCAAAGAGCAUUGCAAAUAAAACUGCUAAACUAUUUGCCCUGAUAGUAGAAGAUAUUAAAUCUUUCAUAAAAGGAAGAGGGAGAAUAAGUUCUGAGAUUAACUAUCACCUGCUUGGGAUAGGGGAUCCGUGUGAGACGAGAUAUGUGCUUGGCAAAAUUAUCUUAGAAACAAUGAAGGCUGGUCCCUGUGGAAAUGCAGCAGAAAUAGCCACCGAUGAGAACGACCGCCUACAACCAAAGGCCAUCGAGGAGAUUCCAACCAAUAAUAAAUCUCCAGUGAAGAAGGAUAAAAAAUGUACCCCAUUGUUACCGAAGAAUCAAAAAUUGGUUGAGAGCAACCAGAAUCCUUCCGAGCUACAUACUGCUACAAAGAAGCGGAAAGCGGUUGCUGAUGAGAAAGGCAUACUAAAGGCAAUGGAGGAAAUGUUGACCAAUAAUAAAUCUCCAAUGAAGGAUAAAAACCGUGUCCCGUCAUUAUCAAACCCUGACAAGGGAAGAAUGCCGAAGAAGCAAAAAUUGGAUGAGUGGAACCAGAAUCCUUCCGAGCUACAUACUGCCAUAAAGAACCGGAAAGCAGUUGCAAAAGAUGAACUCAGUAUAUCGGAGAAGGAAAUAGGUCAUUUGCGGGGUCAGGAAAAUACAGUGGUAAAGGAAUCGAAAAGCAAGAAGGGUAAGGCAAAGAAAUCUAAGGAGCAUACGAAGUUAGUAGCAGAGAAGUUGAAGCAUCAUUUUCCACCAGAUGCAGCAAAGGGAAAAACAGAACAGAAAGAAACAGCAGGGAAGGAGAGAAAUGGUGCAACUUCACUUUCUAGUCUCUUCACGAGACCACUUUGAUUAUGAUGCGUUUGCAUGCUACAAUCUCUUUA